AUGGAAAAGAGGAGAUCCCAGCAUGGCGCGGAAGAUGAAGAGAUCGAAGUGGAGGGCAAUCCAUUCGAGGCCCUGCAUUUCCCUCCAGCCAGAAAGUUUGGCAGCGGCAUUUAUCGGGUGGAUGGAUCGGUGACAAGGAAAGGGGAGGAGAAGCCAAACCUCUACGACUCGGCACGGCUCGAAGAAGCGAGAGCAGGACGGCUUGAGGCGACAAAAGAGGAUGUGGUCGGCAAGCUCCUCUUCAACUUCAGAGAUCUGAAGGAUGCCACCAACACUGGCCGCAGCCGCCUGCGCAUCAAGCCUGGCAGGGUGUAUCGCACAGCCUGCAUCGCGCGCGGAGACGUCGACAUCGACCAAAUCGCCAAGAUUAUCGCUUACAUCAAGGACGAGGUGGGAAUUCGAACCAUCAUCGACUUCAGGAACAAGGAUGAGAAGCAAGCCGAUCCGUUCGAUCGAGUGCUCGAGGACUUCUACCCCACCACGAAGGCAACAACACCCAACAUCGAAGGACACCCACGACGGUUUCACAUCCCGCUCAUGAAUCUCGACUUCAAGCUGCGUGGCCUCUUCAACUUGGGCACCAACAAGCUGACCAAGCUAAAGCUGAUAGGAGCCGCGCUGCCUGUGGGCCACGGCGUGACACCGACGGAGGUGAUGUCGAAGAACGCGAUGAACGUGAUGGGGCUGCUUGGUCUAAACCAGCUCAUGCUGGUCUACUGCGGGAAGGAGAUAGCGCAAGUGCUGCGCUUGUGCACGGAUCCCACGAACUACCCCAUCAUGUACCACUGCUCUUCCGGCAAAGACAGGACAGGAUUGAUCACGGCUCUUAUUUUGCGGUGCUGCGAAGCGGACACGAAGGACAUCAUAGCCAACUAUCACGAAUCUGAGAUUGCACUGGACCCGGUCAUGCCUCGGAUCGGUAUGCAUCAUCAUCAUCAUCAUCAUCACAGACCUCUUAGUGCACCCUUUCUCACCCGGGUCGUGGUGGCUGCCUCUUGCCAAUGUUCAGUGGAGGAGAACCGCGAGAAGGGUCUCGAUGCAGGGUUCGAUGGCACGCCGCCGCAGGUGAUGCACGAGACGCUCAAGUUCAUCAAGGCGCACUGGGGCUACACGUCUCACUACCUCGACUCGGUCGGCUUCCCGCUCGAGUGGCAACAUCAACUGCGGGACAACUUGACGAAGGGUCGCACGGAUAGCGACGGGUCGGCCAAGGGCUACUCGAGAGAGGAUUACGAGUGCGAACAGGCGGCGGCGUUUCAGAAGUUCCUGUGGGACAGCCUGGACGACUCGACACCGGCCGAUGACGGGACUAGCAUCGCGCGAGGCGUGAAAGCGAAGCGGCUGGCGCCCGCCAUCGCCAAAGCGAAGACCAAGGCCAUAGAGAAGAAAGAGAAGAAGGCCAAAAAGCAACUCAAGGAGUGGAAAAAGCAGAUGAAGGAGUCGGGCGGCAAGCGAAAGAUGGCCAAGAUGGCCAGCGACAGCGCGCUGAGCGAGAAGAAGCAGGGCCGUCGGAUCUCGCAGUCCCAAGACUCGAAGCUGACGCGGAAGGAGAAGAAAAAGGAGAAGAAGAAAAUGAAGAAGGCCGAGAAGGAGUGGAAGAAGGGAAGCCUUGGGCGGAAGGCGUCGUCCGCCUCUUCGCCGCUGCUUUCGUCCUCCUCUUCGUCGAGCUUCGACUCCGCCAGCGAGAGCGAGCACAGCCCAUCCAGCUCCAGCUCGUCAGCUGACGACUCAAGCUCGAGCAGCGACUCUGACUCUGACGACGUGCCCACGCCCGCCCGAGGGGCCGGACCCGACGACGAGGAGGAGCCCAGCCCGCCGCCGUCGCCCUGGGCGCGCCGACGGAGAGGUGUGACCAACGACAAGAGCCCACGAUCGCCGCCGGCCCUGCGCAAACGAGCCGACGUACAUCCCCAGGCGGCGCCCGCGGCCAACAGCUCUGGACCUUCAUCAUCGUCUUCGUCGGCGCCGAAGCUGACCUCGCCGCGCCUGCAGAUCUCUGCGCCGACCAUCGGCUGUGGGCGGGUGUCGCCGAGGGCUGCCGCCGACUUUGCAACGACGCCUGUGCCGGCCCUCAUCCCACGACCAGCACCGGCGGCGGUCGAGAGCGAUGGCACGAGGCUGUCGCCAAGGCCGUCGCCGCGCUCCCGUUCGCCUUCGCUUUCGCCUUCGUCACUGCGUCGAGGGCUGGCCGCCGCCACCGAGAGCGAGGAGGGCGUUGGCGGCACCAACGACGUGCGCGUCACGCAACGAGCCAACCCAGCUGCUUGCCUCGUGCAGUGA